CCCAUUUUAGAAUGAGACGCCUCAAAACUGUCCAUAAUUUUAAAGGGUGCCUCGGGACUGUCCAUAAUUUUAAAGGGUGCCUCGGGACUGCCCAGAAUUUUAAAGGGUGCCUCGGAACUGUCCAUAAUUUAAAAGGGUGCCUCGGGACUGUCCAUAAUUUUAAAGGGUGCCUCGGGACUGUCCAUAAUUUUAAAGGGUGCCUCGGGACUGUCCAUAAUUUUAAAGGGUGCCUCGGGACUGUCCAUAAUUUUAAAGGGUGCCUCGGGACUGUCCAGAAUUUUAAAGGGUGCCUCAAGACUGUCCAGAAUUUUAAAGGGUGC